CGAUUUGCAACAGAUUUUCAUUCUUAUUCCAUCGUUUCUACAGCACCGAUCAACAAACCACAACCAGCAUCAUGUCAGGCAGAGGCAAAGGCGGAAAAGUGAAGGGAAAGGCAAAGUCUCGCUCAUCCCGUGCCGGACUCCAGUUCCCAGUCGGUCGUAUCCAUCGUCUGCUUCGCAAAGGCAACUACGCCGAGCGUGUUGGUGCUGGUGCUCCCGUCUAUCUGGCCGCUGUCAUGGAGUACCUGGCCGCUGAAGUGUUGGAGUUGGCUGGCAACGCCGCCCGUGACAACAAGAAGACUCGUAUCAUUCCGCGUCACUUGCAACUGGCAAUCAGGAACGACGAGGAGCUGAACAAGCUGUUGUCCGGCGUAACAAUCGCACAGGGUGGUGUCCUGCCCAACAUCCAGGCUGUCCUCUUGCCGAAAAAGACCGAGAAGAAGGCUUAAGUCUGCUUGCCUUGCUACUGCGCGCUCGCGCGCAUUCGACUCUUGGUGUUGAACCACAAAGGCCCUUUUCAGGGCCAGCAAUACAUUUAUUUUUCAAUUAUUAUAUUAUAUCAAUGUUUGUCACUAUAGUGGUUACUGUCUGUCUCCUAGACAUAUCGGCUUUAUUCUCUCACAUAGGUUGUCUGUCUGUCUGUCGUCACCCUCUAAUAUACACAAAUUAGAAAUUAGUUGGCCCUUUUCAGGGCCACUGGCACACUUAAUGAUCAAGUUCAAUGAAACAAUUUAAUUUACUUUUGCGUGUCUAGAAUAGAGAAGAAUGUCAGUGUGCUAACCGAUUUUUGAGAUGAGGAGAAGAAAAUGUACUCUCUCACACCUUCCAUCAAAACAACAAUAUUAUUGUUCUCUGUCACUUGCUACAGUUGUGAAGCAGAUGUGAAAUAGAAAAAUAUCAUCCAGUGGCCCUGAAAAGAGGCUUUUGCACUACUAACUCGUCAAACGCACACGUUCAUCUUCUUCUACUCUCACAACUCCAACUAAAUAUAAUCAAUUUAUACACACAUGUCCAACUUCUUACUGUUCACCGAUUGGAUUAUACCCAUCAGGAACUAACAAUAUUCUCUGUUACUGAAAAUGUGUUGGUGGCCCUGAAAAGGGCCUUUGUGGUUCAGUACUGCUGAUAUCAUACUAUAUCUUAUGAUGAUUGAAAAUAAAAGGCAAGUGGAGGCCCUGAAAAGAGCCGUUUUUAUGUGAAGUGCUUGCGACGACAGCGGCAGGCCCCUCGGCUGGCUGGUGUGUGGUAGGUCCGUAGAAGAAUUUACUUCUUCUUAGUGACAGUAGCCUUCUUUGGUUUCUUGGCGACGGCUGCCUUCUUCGGCUUCGGCGACUUGGGCUUCUUGGUAGGCGGCUUGGUGACCUUUUUCGCCUUAGGAGACUUGGACUUGGCUGCCGAAGCAGCAGCACUGCUCUUCUUCGCGGCGGCUGGCUUGCUAGCUGCGGCCUUCUUCUUCUCACCGGCG